CUUCCGCUUAUUAGCCAAACUUUGUCAGUUCACAUGGUUUUGUUGACGUUGAUAUUUGUAGUAUAGAAACCAUUUUCAGUCGUAAUUGCAAAAUGUAAAGCAAAUAAAUGAAAAUUAAUUAUACAACGGAUCACUUUGCAAAGUUGUUAUAUUGAUCGUAAACCUUGCUUGAUAGUUCUGACCGAAUUUCCUCAAUGCAAAUCGAAGGUAAACAUGACACAGAGGCUGAUUUCGGUGUGUUUACGUAAUCUAUUGGAUGUUCGUCUUCCUGCGAACAGAAUACGUCUUGCUUCCAAGGCAAGUGUGAAGAAUUAUCAUCAGACAGCCCCAGUCAUGUUCUACAAGAGAUUCAUGAAACCAAAAGAGAAAAAAAACAAAGGAGGCAAAGAGGAGGAUGCAGAAAUAGACGCCAAACUUGUGGAGGAGAAAGUAAACGAACUGGACAAAGUGGCCAAACUUCCGUAUAAAAUCCACGUGCCUUCAUUUGAGAGUAACACAGAGAGGUUUGUGAAUAGAAUUUUCAAACAGGUGGAGCAGAGUGGUGAAAAGACGGAAGAAACAUUUAAAACUGCUAUCCAGAUUUAUAAACUGAAUGCAGGACUAUAUAUGCGAGGGCAUAUAGAGUUUGGUGAACUAGCACUGGACAAGUUGGAGGAGUAUAACUUACAAUAUAACCUGGACGUUUACAAAAUGAUAUUCAGCAUAUUCCCUGAGGGAAAGUAUUUACCAACGUCAAAAAUUGCUGCUGAGUUUACACCUUUCCCACGACAACAAGAUUCUGCACUACUAGUUUUAACGAAAAUGUUUGAACAUGGCGUUAUCCCGGAUGAGGAGUUUGGAAGAAUGAUCAUAUCUAGAUUUUCUCAGCGAUCAAAAGUCUUCACACGCUACCUGAGGAUGCUGUACUGGAUGCCAAAGUUUAAGUACAUGAACCCCUGGCCCAUCCCUCGACCACCACCUAAGGACCCCAUCCAGCUGGCUGUCCUGGCUCUCAAGAGAAUGAGUUUCGAUUUGGAGACCAAAAUCACUGUUGUUAAUGACUCCAAAGAGGUUGAUACUCCAGGAUGGGAAAGUGGAAAGUUUAUAGCCAGUGCACAGAGUCCCAAACAGAGGGAGCUUCUUUGUAGACAUCCGUCCUCUCGACCUAUCAUUGUAGAUGGGGAGCACAAUGUUUAUCUCAGAAAAGUCUGCCAGAAAGUGUUUUUCCUCAAAGCUGAUCAAGAGAAGGAAAUAACUGAAGAGGACUCAGACUAUUAUAAAACUCUGGAAGAAGAGGAUUCAGAAGAACCAUUGGGCCAAUAUCAACCAAAUUUAGCACACAGUAUCUUUGGGUGAAGGGGACUAAGUUUGAUCAAUGCAGGGCCAUCUCCCCUUCCAAGGAAUACAAUAAAGAAAAGGCAAAAAUAGGUUGGGGUCAUUUAUGCAUGCAAGAACAAUCAAUCGGAUCUUGGGUUUUUGUACAAAAUCAAAGUAAUUUUCACUAGUAUUCUGACAGUUUAAUUUCUUGGUAUUUUAAGGUAUUUAUUUUGUGUUAUGACAUUCGAGCAAUUUCAUUUUAGUAUUUAAAAAAUAAAUUACACACAACAUAUAUAUCUUAAUAAAAUAGGAUUAAGGGCUUGAAUGAAAAAUAAAUAUAUACAUUUAUGAUAUGAAAAUUCAACAUUUACUGAGGCCGAUUUCAUAACAAGAAAAUUGAUGCCCUGUUGCCAUAGAAACACAAGCCACAUCACAUUUUUAAAGAUGUCAUGAUAAAAUGACCGAAGUAGAUAUACUUUGUGCAAACUUUCGUCAAAAUCCAUUCUGGUAGUUUGUCACAUCUCUUUUAUACUUACAGAGAAUGGGUGACCCUUAAAGACUUUCUUCUCAAGACCCACUGAGCCAAAACAGUUGAAAUUUGAAAGGAAGGUUCCUGACAAAAUGAAAAUUCAAGUUUGUCCAAAUCUUGGCCUCCAGUUGUAAAGUGGGGCUACAAUAGGGGAUUAAAGUUAAUUAACAUGGGAAUAUGUACGAAAAAUCUUUAAAAUCUUCUCAAGAACAACAGGACCAUGAUUAGUCAUAUUAAUAAUCCCAGCAUCAUCUAAAUGAGACAGAAAGUCCAGAGUUCACUUUUUGGCCAUUGGUGGUAGCCUAGGGCUAGAAUUUGCCAUCAAAGUUUUACAUGGGGAUAUAGAGUAAAAGUAUGUAAAAAAAAAAAUUGUCUCCUGAGCUGUUAUACUAUGAUUAGUUAUGAUGAUUGGCAGUCACCCUCAGGUAAUGCAAAUUUCAGUUUAUUUAAAUCAUGACUAUUGAGGGUGAAGUAGGACCUUGAUAGGGGAUCAAAUAUUUACACAUGGCAUUAUAUGCUUGGGAAAUGUUUUUAAGAACAGUAGGACCAUGGUU